AUGGAUGACAAGCGACUUAACGAACUCCUCAAAUGGAGUAUUGAGCAAUCAGAUGCCACCAGAAAUGACCCUGAUGCCCCAGCUCCCACCACACAACUCACACCAGAACUCAUGGCAUCGCUCAUGGGCGGUCCCUCUGACGCCGACCUUAUGAGGGCCUCUAUGGAUAUAAUCACAUCGGACGAUGCUGAGCAGGUCUCUCUUGACGACAAACUCAUCGCCUUUGACAACUUUGAGCAACUUAUCGAGGGACUCGACAAUGCAAACAAUAUCGCAAAUCUCAGCCUGUGGACCCCACUACUCGACCAGCUCAAGCAUGACGAGCGAGAGAUGCGCAAGAUGGCAGCCUGGUGUGUGGGAACCGCUGUACAGAACAACGAGCGCACCCAGGAGCGUUUGCUCGCUAUGGGAGGGCUUCCGCUACUUGUAAACCUAGCGACCCAGGAGGAUGAGCAUAACGAUGUUCGUCGCAAGGCUGUAUAUGCGCUGAGCUCAGCGGUGCGCAAUUACCAACCAGCGAUGGACCUCUUUGCCGAUGAGUUGACCAAGAGGGGUCACAAGACUGACAAGGUCGAUGCCACAAGCAUGGAGGCUGUCGACGAGGUGGUCAACGGAUUACGCGAGAAGAUCGGCAAGGCUUGA